AUGGUUGAGAUUGGGAAAACUCCUGUGGCACAGGAAUGGACCCGUGACCAAUUCCUGACUGCACUUCGGGAUGCCCAAGGUGACCAUGCUGGUGUGCGACCUGAGGAGGUCAGUGAUGCAAGACGGCAAAUCCAGAACGCUGCCCGGCUGCUGCCAGCUCUUGACGAUUACACUACCAACUUGGAGACCGGGGUUGAAAGAUUGAACACUUCUGUUGAAACGCUCAUUCAGGUGGGCGAAAAUGAGUGGUCCAAACUUGCUCCAGAAUCUGGCAAUUUCGAAAGUUGGAUGACCUCGCAACUUCGUGCUGUACAUGGUACUGGCAAGUUCGUGCGAACCGCUAAGGGUGAAGUACGUGCCCUGAACUCUUUGGGGCAGCAGGUGACACUGUUGGCGAUUGUUGAACAGGAAGUCAAGGACGGGAAAAAAGACUCAAAAAUCCAGCGUCUUGAACCAAGCCAUGGUGGAGAUAGGCAAGAUGGUAUGCGAUACAUGACAUGCAAACAGCUCAAGUCGGUUUGCUGUUCCUUCAAGUCGACAGGGAUCAUGAGCAUCCUGCAUGGUGCUUGGUUCAUCGGAUAUCCUUCACACCUUGCUUCAUUCCUAUCACCACUUCCACCUGUGGAUCGACCGUGUCAACCUCUUUGGUCCCCAGCAAUGUCUCGGUCCACCAUGCCAUCGCGCUCUAUACCACCUCAAACUCCAUCGCCUGUUACCAGAUCAGGCAGAGCCUCUAUUUCUGAGGUGCUUGGUCCAUCAUCCCGACUCCCGUAA